GCGCUGCAGCUUCCAGCGAGUGACAGCGCAGGAGGGACUGGAGGCUGAGCAGAGAACACAAGAUGAAACUAAAGCUUCUCACCUGGGACGUGAAGGACACUUUGCUGCGUUUGCGUCUCCCCGUAGGCUUGCAGUAUCAGGCUGAAGCCAAGAACAGGGGUCUUCAGAUUGACUCAGUCACUCUGGAGACCUCCUUCCGGCAAGUGUACCGUAACCACUGGCGCCUUUUCCCCAACUACGGACUGUCUCAGGGCAUGACGUCCCACCGGUGGUGGCUGGAUGUGGUCUCACAGACGUUUCGCCUCUCCGGUGUCCAGGAUGAGACAAAACUACAGUCCAUGGCGGAGACGCUCUACCAAGAUUUCUGCACUGCCAAGAACUGGGAGGUGUUACCGGGUGCCAGGGCGGCACUGCAGGGGUGUGGUGAGCUGGGUCUACGAAUGGCGGUGAUCUCCAACUUUGACCGGCGGCUGGAGGAGAUCCUAAGGCUUUGCGACUUGCUCGGACAUUUCGAAUUUGUCCUGACCUCUGAGAGCGCUGGUGCCGCUAAACCAGAUUUGGUGAUCUUUCGCAAGGCUCUUGGCCUGGCUGGUGUGUCACCGCACCAUGCCGCUCAUGUCGGAGAUGAUUAUGUGAAUGACUAUAAGGCACCUAGGCGGGCGGGCAUGUUUAGCUAUCUUCUCCAGCCGGGUGGUAGACAGCUGGAGGAGAGAAUUCCUCCAGAUCACGUAAUCCAGUCUCCGGAGCACGUCAUCCACAGACUAGCAGGGUUAUAACAUAACUCAGAGGUUCCCAAACGUGGUCCUCAAGACACCCCAACAGUCCAGGUUUUAGGUAUAUCCAUGGCUCAGCACAGAUGGUUAAAUCAAAUUGACUGAGAUGCUAAUUAAGUCACCUGUGGCCAAGCAUGGCAGUGGCAAACGCAGGAUUUCUCGAGGGGGGUUUCCAAAUGCAGUCCACAAUCUCCCACUCUGUGGAACAUUAGAGCAAGUGUGGGAGUCUGGGGGAGUGGUAGAAGAACCUAAUAAUAAUAACCCUGGACAUUAAUGGUCUUUUUAUACACUGGAUAUGGUAUGGAAUACAGUAUUAAUAUUUUAUACUGUAGAUGGUCUAUAGUAUAGGAUGUAUCAAACAUUUAAAUAAUAUAAAAUAAGUGGUCAGGAAAAGAUUAAACAUCCUGUAAUAAAUAAUUACACAAACAUAAUAGAACCAGUACUGCACUUUCUAAUCUCACAUUCUCCCACCUCAUGGUAAGGCUCCUGUCUCUUCUUCCUGGUAGCUACUCUCUGGUCCAGUGCACUGAUUGAGGAGUCAGAUUCACACACACAGCAACCUCAGUAGAAGAAGCUGCUACAACUGGGCCUGUGCAGCAGCUCUGCUCUGUCCCUUAUACUGCAUGAUGUUUCUGCAGCACUAGUAAUCUAAUCAUAUUAUAUACCAUUGCUAUUGUUGCCAUAAUUUGAGCCAUUUGCCAAGUGGAGGGGGCUUUCCAGGCAACCAGAAACCCCCCUGCAUCUGCCUAUGCAUGGAUACAUUUAAAAACCAGGAUCGUUUGGGUGCCUUGAGGACCGCAUUUGGGAACCUCUGACAUAACUCAUCCGUCCUCCGCAGAAAGGUCUUGCAUCUCAUAUUCUGAACGGGUCAUUAAUCCCAAGUUACUGGAAGGUUUAUAUUCACAAUAAGAUUGUUAAAUAACAGAUAACGGUGUCAUUAAUUCUGCAUCUUAUUAAAUAUUUACUAAUACGACUGAUCAGCUAGGGCAAAGUUUCCCAAACGCCGGCAUUACAGUCCAGGUUUUAAGGAUAUUCAUGGUAUCAGCUCAGGUGACUUAAUUAGUACCGCAGUCAAUUGCAUUUAACCGUCUUGGCUCAAACAUGGAUAUCCUUAAAACCUGGACUGCAAUGGCAGAGUUUGGGAAACUCUUGAGCUAGUGUGAUAUAGAUAAUUAUGAAAGGCCUGAUUCUUUGUAGCGUGCAUUUAGAAUGCAACAUCAUCUUGCAGUUCUUAGCAUAUUGGCACAUUUCAGUCGCUUCUUACCGAUGGCUGAAUGGGCGGCUAUUCAGUGGCAAUGGGCCAUAAGUGUCCCAUGGGUGUGUACAACGUCUGACUAUACGGCAUGUUGUGGCCACAGCUCUAGUAAAAUCAUAUUAUCUAAUAUUGCUACUGCAGUCAUGUUUUCAGCCACUGGCUUGGAGUGGCUGUUUCCAGGCAACUGGAACCCCCCCCCCCCCACACACACACCCACCACCCCACCCCCUUUUCCCUGCAUUUGCCUAUGCACAAUACAUACAACUUUGGGGGUCAUUCCGAGUUGAUCGCUCGCUGUCGAUUUUUGCAGCGCAGCGAUCAGGUGAAAAAAUGGCAUUUCUGCGCAUGCAUAUGCCCCGUAAUGCGCAGCCACGAUGUACGGGUACAAAGCUCUUUGUGGUUGUUCUUAGUUUCUUGCAAAGUUUUCCUUCGCACUGGCGGCCGCAAGAAGAUUGACAGGAAGGGGGCGUUACUGGGUGUCAACUGACCGUUUUCAGGGAGUGUUAGAAAAAACAGGCGUGGCUGGGCGUUCGCUGGGCAGGUGUAUGACGUCAAAUCCGGACAGGAAUAGGCUGAAGUGAUUGCAAGCGCUGAGUAGGCUCAGAGCUAUUCUGAAACUGCACAAACUGUUUUUGCAGAGCUCUGCGAUACAAGCGUUCGCACUUCUGCUAAGCUAAAAUACACUCCCCUGUGGGCGGCGGCAUAGCGUUUGCACGGCUGCCAAAACUAGCUAGCAAGCGAUCAACUCGGAAUGACCCCCUUAGAACCAGAGUCUAAUGGAACAGUGCCACCCAGUGGACACAUUUCCACAGACUAACGGAAGACUUUCUGAGCUGCGUGGUGGUAUUACACAAGCACUUUGUAUUUUUAAGCCUUUCCUUCUGCUUUGCAGUGUACUUGGUGCAUUCCCGUCGCCUAUAAAAAAAUAUAUAUUUAUUGUAUUUCCCUGUGGGCACUGUUUGUACUAAGCGGGCAAAGUCCAGAAUAAUUCUGCACAUUUUACACGCCUAGGUGCAUACACGAUACAGAGUCCAAUUAAUCACCGCCGUCCAGGCUUUAGCAGCCACUUAUUUGCAGAUGAUGCCAUUUAGAGUGCGGGAGAGUUUAAUGGAGCAGGAUCGGACAAGUUACAGCACAAAGGGUUAUUCAUGCAGGAGAACUGACACUCUGCACACAUUACAGGCAAACAAAGGGCUGGCAUAUCACACCGUCGGGUGCCACCCAAUCUCCAAGGCUGCCAUCCACACCAAGAGAUUUUCUCAGCACUUAUAAAAACAAGUUCUAACGUUGGCGCCCGGAAUAUGUUGGCACCUUUGGCCUGAUUUACACACAAUGCAGAUGAGCGUUGAGUUGAGCGGUUUUUCUGCUGCUGCGCCUGCUGGAAAAUCCCUAAAAACUCCUUACGGUGCAUGUGUUACACCGUGUGCCCACUCAAAGACGCGCUUGAGACGUGCUGUAUCAGUAAUGUCUUGGGAAAAUGCCGGGCAUUCAUGGCGGUUUCUGGGAUUUGGUUAAAACGACGCGUCUUAUGGGCGAUAUAUGGGAGUAUCGUGGCAUUUUAAAAAAGCACCAGGUGGCAUUACAGCGUCCGCGUGUGGGCAUCUCAGUCCUUCCGCAUUCAUACACACAGCUUUGUUGCGGCAUCUGCAGAAAGUGGCAGAAGGGCGACCGCCUGACGGUGGCAAACGCAGGAUUUCUAGAGGGGGGUUUCCAAAUGCAGUCCACAAUCUCCCACUGUGCGGAACAUUGGAGCAGGAGUCUGAGGGGCAUGGUAGAAGGACCUAGUAACGACUCUGGACAUUAAUGUACACAUUGGUCUUUGUAUACACUGGAUACUGUAUGGAAUACAGGAUUAAUAUUUAAUAUAUUGUGUAUAGUAUAUGUUGUAUCAAACAUAUUACGAACCACACCCCUAUUUAUUAUGGUAUGUUUAACCUUUU